AUGCGAUCAAACUUGUUACCUAUCGAUCAACUUCUGAUGUGUAUGAACAAAAUUCAACAAGGGGAUCAUUAUCCCACACCAACACCUUCAAUUGCUAAAACUGAACAAUAUCCAAUUUAUUCAUCUGAAAAUAGUCGCACAUCAUUCGAUGGCGAUGACACAAUAUCAUUUGGUCCUAUCAAAGUGAAACCACGUAAGAAGCCAGCACCAACAUUAGCUACUGGUCGUCGUUCAAAAUAUGAAAUAUUGAAUGCAGAUGAAGAACACAAACGAAAUAUUAGGCGUGCACGUAACCGAGCUGCUGCUGAACGUGUACGCGUAAGUCGAUUAAAUAUUGAACAACAAUUAUUGGACGAAAUAAGUGCAUUGGAAAAGCAAGAGGAAAAAUUAUUACAAAACGUUGAAACACUUCAACAUCAAAAACUUCAUUUAGAAACACGACUUUUUACUCAUGAAAAAAUGUGUUCCAACUUAGUUGCACAAAAUUCUAUAAUAAAAUUAGAAAACGAUCGAACAAAUUAUUUUCCAUUGGAAAACUCUUCAAUAUCUUCUCAACAAUAUGAUACAACUAUAAUUGAUAAAAUGACCGACUUUGAUUUUGACGAUGCCUUUAUUAAUUUAUUCACAACUGAACACAUACAAGAAAAUUUUCCUGAAUCAUUAUCGAGCAUAAUGACCAGCGAUGAUCUCAAUGAUUUCUUCAUGAAUUCGUAA